CGAAAAGUGGGCGGGGCUACGCUUCAGGGCUGCUCCGGCCAUGGCCACUGUGGAUGCUGAGCAAGCUCCGAUGAGUAAGGGAGAGACCAGACGAGAGAACUGUAUGAAGACAGAGCUGUUGAAAGACAUCACCAACAAUAAAGAAGAAGGAUUUAAUGCUAUGGCCGCCGGCGAUGGCGCCAUAGACAAGCAAGUUGGGGAACUCAAGAUGGCUCCCGAUGGCGAGACCAAUGGCCCCUUGGAGUGCAGCGAAUUCAAGAGCCACCCCAGCGUAGCCAAGAACACUCAGGACAAUGCAAAAUUGAGCCAAGGGGACUCGGUGGCCAAGCUGAGCCGGAUAGCAGAAAACGGAUUUUCUGAACGAGAUGGGGAUGCCGGGAAGCCAAACCACCUCAAGGCCAACGACUUCACCCAGACCACGGUGACGGGCAGCAAUGGGUACAUUUUGCCCAAGCAGGCGGCUCAGGACCUGCCCGUCAGGACUUCGAACAGUGGCUUUGCUGCCCUGCCAGGACACGCCGCAAAGACCCUUCCCGCCGGAGGGAGCAAGGGGAGAACUUUGGGCCCCUUUAUGCAAGCGCAGGGCUCUCUCCCGGCCAAGUUUGGAGACGGGGGCGGCAAGGACCCGGAAGCUAAAAAAACAGGCGGGAUCAAGGUGCACCGAGCCCGGAAGACCAUGCCCAAGUCUCCAUCUCACCUGCAUACCAACAAAGACCCCAAAGAAACACGGACGCCUAAGGAAGACGGCAGCAAAGCCGUUCUGGAAUUCGGAAAGCCCGCCUCACUGUCCUCCAUCCCCGGCCUUCACUCAUCUCUACCUCAGAAUCAGAGCUACGUGGGCGCCUCAAAAUCACAGACAGCUACUUCAGUAUCUCGGAAGAAGAAACGAAGGAUGGGAACGUAUAGCCUGGUUCCCAAGAAGAAGACCAAAGUUUUAAAGCAGAGGACGGUGAUUGAGAUGUUCAAAAGCAUCGCUCACUCUCCAGGCGGCAAGGCUGAGAAGGACGAGGGCCGCCCCCACAUGAACGGGGAGCGAUUGGAGGUUGAUUCCGAAGAAGACGACUCCGAUGAACUGGAGGAAGAAGAUGAACGCGGAGCUGACCAGGUCGCCACGUUUCCCAUGGAGGAGAACAGAACCGCUAACGAAAGAGACUCGUCGGACCUUAGCAAUACCAGAAAGAUGGUGGACGGAGAGUCGGAGGAGGAACAAGAUUCUGGGGACUCUGUUGAAGAAGAGGAAGAUGGCGAUGAAUCGGACUUGGCCUCAGCGGAGGUCUGCUCCUGGUUGCCAGGUGCCAAGGCCGAGGUGCGGUCCAGACAGGCCUGGCCAGAGCUGGAAGAAGCAGGAGAGAAGCAGGCCCAUAGCCCAGACAAGCCCUGCCCAGGGCCGAGUUCUGCAGGAGGCAAGAGCUCCGAAUCCAGCCUCAGGAAGAAAAUGAUGAAGCGGAAGGGGAAAACGGAGAGCCCCUGGUUGAAACCCACCCGCAAGCGGAGGCGGAGAAAUAAAAAGAAAAAAACCAACUUAAUAGGUGCUGACUCUUACAAGCCCCCUUCGGGGAGCGAGGAAGGAGCCGGGCAGGAGAGCAGCAUGGAAUACCUGGAGGUGCCUCUGCAUUCCCUGGACCUGCGGGUGAAGGAGGCGCUCUCUUCGCCCUCCGAAGGUCUUUCUAACGGUUCUGGGGCAACGGAAACAGACGGUCUUCAAGAAGUGCCUCUCUGCAGCUGCCGGAUGGAAACUCCGAAAAGCCGGGAGAUCACCACGCUAGCCAACAACCAGUGCAUGGCCACGGAGAGUGUAGAUAAGGAGCUGAGUCGAUGCACCAACCGCGUGCUGAAGUACGAGCUGAUGCGCGCGUCGAACAAAGUCCAGCUCUUGGUGUUGUGCGAGGACCACAGAGGGAGGAUGGUGAAGCAUCAGUGCUGCCCUGGUUGCGGCUUCUUUUGCGUGGCGGGCACCUUCAUGGAGUGCCAGCCGGAAAGCAGCGUCUCCCACCGGUUCCACCAGGACUGCACGUCCCACCUCAAAGGCAUGAGCUACUGCCCCCACUGUGGGGAGGAGGCCUCCAAGGCGAAGGAGGUCACGGUGGCCAAGGCGGACACCACUUCCACCCUGCUGCUGCUGACCCUGGAGCAGAAGAAGCCAGGUGCCUUGGAAGGCAAGGCCGACACGACCACUGGAAGUUUCAGUGGGCCUGCAACCCAGCAACCCGAAGAAGGGAGAGCGGAGAACUUGCCCAGCGAGAUCUUCGAUUUGGCUGGGACGUCGCUGUUCCCUAAGCCGCCUCCGGCUGGCUUAUCCCAGGGGCCUGUUAAAGAAACCUUGGAGAGCGCCCUGAUCGCCCUGGAUUCAGAAAAGCCGAAGAAAUUGCGGUUUCACUCGAAGCAGCUGUACUUCUCAGCCAGGCAGGGGGAGCUCCAGAAGGUCCUCCUUAUGUUGGUGGAUGGGAUUGAUCCCAACUUCAAAAUGGAGCACCAGAGUAAGAGGACGCCUCUUCAUGCAGCCGCAGAAUCGGGACACGUGGAGAUUUGUCACAUGCUACUUCAGGCUGGUGCUAACAUAGACACCUGUUCUCAGGACCAGCGGACUCCCCUUAUGGAAGCAGCAGAGAAUAACCAUCUGGAAACUGUGAAAUACCUCAUUAAGGCUGGAGCGUUGGUAGACCCCAAGGAUGCUGAAGGAUCCACCUGUUUGCACCUGGCAGCGAAGAAGGGCCACUACAACGUGGUGCAAUACCUCCUGUCUAAUGAACAGACGGACGUCAACUGCCAAGAUGACGGAGGCUGGACGCCGAUGAUAUGGGCGACGGAGUACAAGCACGUAGAGCUGGUGAAGCUUCUCUUGGCCAAAGGCUCUGACAUCAACAUCCGAGAUAACGAGCAGAAUAUCUGUUUACACUGGGCUGCUUUCUCUGGCUGCGUCGACAUCGCCGAGAUUCUCCUGGCUGCUAAAUGCGACUUGCAUGCGGUGAACAUUCACGGAGAUUCUCCGUUGCACAUUGCAGCCCGGGAAAAUCGCUACGAGUGUGUAGUACUCUUCCUCUCGCGCGGCUCCGACGUGGCCCUGAAAAACAAGGAAGGCGAGACCCCGCUGCAGUGUUCAAGCCUCAACUCUCAAGUCUGGGUCACUUUACAGAUGAACAAGACCCUGAAAGAAUCAGCUCCAGAGAAACCCGCCCAGGUGGAGAAGAUACUAAGCAGAGACAUUGCCCGGGGUUACGAGCGGAUCCCGAUUCCCUGCAUCAAUUCGGUGGACGGCGAGCCCUGCCCGGUCAACUACAAGUACAUUUCCCAGAACUGCGUGACUUCGCCCAUGAACGUGGACAGGAACAUCACCCAUUUGCAGUACUGCGUGUGCAUAGACGACUGUUCCUCCAGCAAGUGCAUGUGUGGACAGCUGAGUAUGCGCUGCUGGUAUGACCGGGAAGGACGGCUGCUGCCAGAAUUCAACACGGCUGAACCUCCGCUAAUCUUCGAGUGUAACCACGCCUGUUCCUGUUGGAGAAACUGCCGGAAUCGGGUGGUGCAAAACGGACUCCGGACAAGGUUGCAACUUUUCCGGACGAGGAAGAUGGGCUGGGGUGUGAGGACGAUGCAAGACAUUCCGCUGGGGACCUUUGUGUGCGAAUACGUCGGAGAGCUGAUUUCGGACUCGGAGGCCAACGUUCGUGAGGAAGAUUGCUAUCUUUUCGACCUUGGCAACAAGGACCAGGACGUCUACUGCAUCGACGCUCGCUUCUACGGCAACGUCAGCCGCUUCAUCAACCACUUCUGCGAGCCCAACCUCAUCGCCGUGCGAGUCUUCAUGUCCCACCAGGACCUGCGCUUCCCCAGAAUCGCCUUCUUCAGCAGCAGACCCAUCGAGGCGGGGGAGGAAAUCGGGUUUGACUAUGGCGAGCGAUUCUGGAACAUUAAAGCCAAAUACUUCAGCUGUCUCUGCGACUCAGCAAAAUGCAGGCACUCGAGCGUUGUCCUGGCUCAGCGGCAGGCUAGCAUGGCGGCUGCCGCUGCCGCUGCUACCACUGAUGCCGCCUCCUCACAGGAGACCCCCGAGAACAGACUCCCGGACACCAGUUCGGCCGCCUUGGCGUCCCCCCCCGCUUUGGGGAGCCUUCCCUGAAGAGCCUGAGCCCCCUCACCCCGCCCCCCAAGCCAGGCCGUGACAUUGGAGACGAUGCUUUGCGUUGGUUUCGUUCUGCCCUUUUCCCGGCGAGCCCCCAUCCGCCGUAACUGGUUCCCCUUCUGGGGGUGCAGACAGUGGUGGCGCGGCGCCCAGCUCCCCUCCUUGCCUCCCUCUCCCCUUCCCUUCCCUUCCCUCUCCCAACGUGGCAGGAGGAAGGCACCUUCGCCAUGGCACACACCGGGGUGGCAGAAGGAAGAUUCUCAUUCUCUCUCUUUCUUUCUUUCUCUCUCUCUCUCUCUCUCUCUCUCUUUCUCUCUCUCUCUCUCUUCCCCUCUUUCAAUGUGAUAAGUGUUCUCCAAGCCCCAUUCCUUCCUCGUUGGAAACAAGUGACGUUGAAAUGGCUCGCAAACCCGUCGGUGAGCAGGCGACAAACUGCGGAGAGUCUCGGAGAGAUCCACCGGCUUUGGCACGCAUCCGGGAAAGUUUGGGGGUUUUUAUUUUUGCUUGCUGUUCACUCCUCCCUCCCACCCCCUCACUUGCUGGCUGUCGGGCCUUUGGGGCAGGGAUCCCACCAGAGGCCGAGUCCCAUCAGUUCUCGGUUCCUCGCUCGCUCCUCCCAUCCACGUUCUCCCAGGUCAAGGGAGUGAGAUGGUCUGGAAUUUCUCCGUUAAAACCCCAGUCCUCGGGUAGAGCUCCUCUUUACUCUAUCCCCGCAGCAUUGUUGUUAUUGUUGUUAUUAUUAUUUUUAUUAUUUUUAAUGUUUAAUAUUAUUUUAUUUUUUCCUUCCUCGCCUCCUCCCUCUCGUGUACAGAAAUCCUGUUUCCAAUGACACUUAACUCCAAAAUCAGAAGAGGAAACUUUGGGGCAGGAGUCUCGGGAG